AUGAUUUUGAAAAGUGAAGAGCAGCUACUACCAAAUAUUCAACUCUCACUUUCAUCAGGUUUGAAAGUUGAACUGACUGUCGAAGAAGCCGGGUUGAAUUACGAAGAUGAUGUUGGCAAGAAGCAGCACACCGAACCAACUACUACAUUCAACAAGUUCAUCAGCCAAAUUGACUCGAGCCUUAUUUACGACACAAUAUAUGAAGACGUUGACCACGAGAAUGACAAUGACAAUAAAUUUGUCCUCGAUAAUCCUAAUACACCCAAGACUAAUAACUCUUUCUUCAACAUUAUUGCUAAACAAUGCAGGCAAUUAGGGAAUGUUCCUCCAUGGAGUACUUUUCUUUCAACAGCGGGAACCAAUACCGCUGUUUGUUUAACUCUCUUUUAA